AUGAGUGCCUUCCCCAACGAUCCGAAGACGCAGGUUAUGCGCCAGGUGCAGCAGGAAGCCGCCAUGCAGAAUGCGCGCAUGCUGGUCGAGAAACUUAACGAACACUGCUUCGAGCGCUGCGUACCCAAGCCCGGCACCUCACUCUCGAAAGGCGAAGAGUCCUGCUUCACGGCCUGCAUGGAGAAGUACAUGUCCGCCUGGAAUACCGUCUCGAAAACGUACGUCGCCCGGAUACAGAAGGAGUCGCAGCAGGCCAGCGGUCUUCAGAACACUUUCUAG